AUGGGUGUUCACGGGCUGUGGCGGCUGCUGGACCCGCUCGGUGAAGUCACGCAGCCGGCGGAGUGGCGGGGGCGGCGGGUGGCGGUCGACGCGAGUAUUUGGAUCGCGCAGUUCCGCGCGGCCGGCGGGGGAGCCGACGGGGCGGACGGGGCCGCUGGCGGGGAAGACCGCCGGGUCCUCGCCGGGUUCCUGCGGCGCCUCCUCAAACUUCUCUUCUACGGCAUACGCCCCGUGAUGGUCUUCGACGGCGCCCCGGCAGCCGCAAAGGCCGCAGAGAGGGACAGACGACACGCAAGACGCGCGGCGCAGGAAAAGGCCGCCAUUGCACGGAGAGCAGGCGAAAUUCUCGCAGCACAAUUGGCAGCCGGUGUCCUUGACGUGCACACACUACCCCGUAAAAGUCCAAAGAAGACCGAACAAGCUUCGAGUUCAUCAUCAUCAUCAUCACCUUCAUCAUCAUCACCUUCAUCAUCAUCACCGUUACUGCCAUCACUACCACUACCACCCCCCUCAGUAACACGCAAGAGACACCGGUCAAGUCACGUGGCACCAGAGGUUGUCUCACGUGCAGUAACAAGUGCAUUUUUAACGGAAGCAGAAGACUGGAUCGAACAACGUAAAAGGGGUGAAAUUUGUGUAGAAUCAAAUGCUUUGGGAUACUCUAGUACUUCACUUUUUAUGGGACCUCGUAAGGUGUUAGAGGAGGCAACAGGUUCUCCCAUAUUUGGUGAAGAGCUUCCUAGUUGCGCUACUAGUUUAUCAGAAGAAGUACAGUCGAUCCUUUCCAUAAGGAGUACUGACGAAUCACUUGAGAUAAUUUCCAAAGGUGAAGAAAAAAAAAUGGUUGAGAUAGAAAGUGAUGAUAACGAUGAUGAUAUUUAUGGUAUGAUACCAAGCGGUAAUAGUAGUAAUAGUUCGGUUUUGGUUGUUGAUGGUAACUCAAAAACAUUUUUGAGUUCUCUACGCGAUUUGGAAGCAGAAGAAGCAAUGAUGAUGAGUAACUCUGUGGGUAGUAGUUGGUGUAAUAAUUCUUUAGAAGAAGAAGGAGAAAAAGUGAAUAUUGAUACCACAAGUUCCAAAAGUCGGAGUAGUAUUCCCAGAAGCAACAUGAGUGAAACAACAAGUACAAGCAAAAAUAAUGAUGAUGAUAUCAUCCUUUGGAAUCCUGGUACUCAACUUCUUCAGCGAAAAGAACCCGAAAUAAAUACCGCAUUAAGUAAUGAAUUAUCUGAUGGGGAAAGUGAGUCAUUUACACCAGUUUUAAUCAAUACCACGAAGGGAGAAAGUGGUGUUGCAGAAGAAGUAACGUCGAAAAGGGAGAACUUAUCUGAAAAAUUAGUAUCAUCAUCAUCAGUAGAGGGUGUAUUACCAUUACCACCUCAUCUUCUUCGACAACAAAUUUCUACAAGGCAGGUAGUACCAUUUGAUUUACUUGGAAUUGUAGAAUUACUUGAUUGUUGUGGAAUUCCAUUUGUAUUUAGUCCCUAUGAAGCGGAUGCCCAGUGCGCUUUUCUAAGUCAACAACGUCUUGUAGAUGCGGUAUUCACAGAAGAUAGUGAUGUAAUUGUUCAUGGAGCUGAUAUUGUUCUUCGUGGGUUUUUCGCAAAAGGACGUCAUGUGGUAGCAUAUCGCCAAGAAGAUUUAUUAGAAUGUGGUGUAGACAAAGAUGUCUUAGUAUCUCUUGCCCUUCUUCUUGGUUGUGACUAUGCUGAAGGUGUUCAUGGUCUUUCCUUAUUGGAUGCCCUGCAUGUAAUUUCCUCGGUAUGGCGACAAGGGGAAGGUGUUGGUCCCACACAUGUACUGAAUAUGUUAUCCUCCUGGCGAACUGCAACCCAACAGCAGUGUUUUUCAUGGUUUGAUGAUAUCCCAUUACUGGAAUUUUAUACUAAUUGUAAAAAGUGGAGAAAAUUGCAAAUCGCUGCAGACUUUCCACAAACACGUGUUGUUGAUGCUUUUUUUAAUCCCAUAGUGGAUGCCGAUAAUACGCCAUUUGCUUCUCGUUCCCCAGAUUGGGAACGAUUACGCAGAUUUGCGAGUGUGAAUGGAUUACUUGGUAGUGAUGCUUGUCGCAAACGUUUGGAGUUAGCUCAAAAGGAAUUUAUGGCAAGAGAAUCACAAACUACGAAUGUGUUAGAUCCCCAGCAGUUGAAGUUAACAGACUUUAAAUUGUCGUCUAAAACAAGAAAGAGGUAUGCAUACAAAAAACAGUCGCUAAAGUUUGCAGAAGCGUUGUCCACAUUACGUACUGUGAAACAGAUGGAGUGA